UCACUUUUGCUAUAUCACAGUCUAGGCUGUGUUUAUGUACUCGAAACGUUUAUAAAAUGCUAUAACAACUCAAUUUACUAACAUUAAACCGUUAUUAAAUACAAAAAUAUUGGAUAUUUGUUGACAUUUUGUCAUUUUCGUCCGUUUUUGACAGGCAGCUGUAAAAUUUUGACAGUUCCUAAAUUAUUUAUAAAAAUUCGUAUGCACUGGGUAUGUUCCAAAAAUAUUCAUAGUUGCACUGAUUAUCUCUAUGUGAUUGUCAAGUGUUUAUUACCGAGAGUCGAAAUGGCAGGUAACAGCGAUCGUCAUCAAUACAGUAAUAAUAACAACAAUGACACUAGUAGUGACACGGAAGACUACACAGAUGAUCGUCGCCGUCGUGUGUUUAAAAAUCGCUUAAGUUACGGAUCAAUUUCCAAGCCAAAACCGUGCCUUGUCCAGCGAUCUGCGUCGUUAACAGAUCCUAGAUGCCAUCCCCUUUCAUCUAACAAGCAGUGCCAUACGAAUACCCGUAAUCGAUCACGUUCGGUGAUACAAACGCUUCCCACUAGCAAAAAUCAAAACUCUCAAAUGGGAUCUUCGGUGAACAACUCGUUGAGUAGCGACGAUCGCGUGACUUUGGUAGUCGACAAUACCAGAUUCGUCAUCGAUCCCGCGAUAAUUAUGGGACAUCCGAAUACGUUGUUGGGACGCAUGUUCACGUCCGGAUUCGAGUACGCGCAUCCCAACGAGAAGGGAGAGUACGAGGUCGCCGACGGUAUUUCGGCGACCGUCUUUAGAGCGAUUUUAGAGUAUUACAAAGGUGGAUUGAUCAAAUGCCCUCCGUCGAUUUCCGUGCAGGAGUUACGAGAAGCUUGCGACUACCUGUUAGUGCCUUUCGACGCCCACACCGUUCGCUGUCAGAAUUUACGUGGUCUCCUUCACGAGCUGUCCAAUGAAGGCGCACGUUGUCAGUUCGAGGUGUUUUUGGAAGCGCUUAUACUGCCGUUAAUGGUAAAUUCCGCGCAGAGAGGCGAUCGGGAGUGUCACAUCGUCGUUCUGUUAGACGACGACGCGGUCGACUGGGACGAGGAGUAUCCACCGCAGAUGGGCGAGGAGUAUAGUGAAACUGUAAAUAGUACAGCGAUGUACAGGUUUUUUAAAUAUAUCGAGAAUCGCGACGUUGCGAAACAAGUGCUAAAGGAUAGAGGUCUUAAGAAAAUUCGUUUAGGAAUCGAAGGAUAUCCCACAUACAAGGAGAAAAUCAAGAAACGUCCAGACGGUCGCGCCGAAGUAAUCUACAACUACGUCCAGCGCCCUUUCAUACACAUGUCGUGGGAAAAGGAGGAGGCGAAAAGUCGCCACGUCGACUUUCAGUGCGUCAAAUCAAAGAGCGUAACCAACCUCGCCGAGGCGACCGCCGAUCCCGCGCUCGAACUGGACGCCCGAGGCAACCCGAUCGCGGCGCCGAUUCUCGAUCGUCCGCCGAUGUUUCCGCUCGAGGUAAUCGAGCUGAGGCAGGAACAUAUCGAAAAUAUCGACGUCGAGAUCGAGGAGGGGGCCGUCGGCGGAAUUCCGGAACUUGACGCGGCCGCCGUUCACCUUGACGAGGUUAAUUAAUUUGUUUUUUACGUUUAUGUCUCGUUUGUGUAUAUUUGUAUAUUUAUUCGGAUAAAUUGUACCCCCUCCACCUCGUUUGGUAAUAAUUACAGUUUGCGGAAAUGGACCAAAUGGUUAUUAAUGGCAGUGGAUAUAUUCAUGUUGAAGAUAGAUCUGUUGAUAUUACACGUUAUUCUCUAUUUCACGCUUUCACUCAAACAUUACCGAUGUAACUAAAUGCUUCCCUUACGCUAAAUAUUAUCGAUGCUUUUGUUGGUUGUGGUUUUUUGCUCAUUGUAGUCAUACAUUCCUUAUUUAAAAAAGAAAAUGACUGUUGCCAAUUGUAUAUGGUAUUUCCUUGAGACUGAAAUUAUAGAAUUGUUUGCCCGC